UGGAGGAGGAGGCGGGGGGGCGGCGGGGCGCGCGCCGGGCGGCACCGGGGGGACCCCAGGGCUCCCGGGCGGCGCGGGCACAGCCCCGGUGCCCCGGCCGGCGCUGACGGACACGCGCCUCUGCGAGCCCCCCCGGCACCCGCGGGCCACCAUGGACCCCCAGAGCGACACAGUUCGCGGCCCCUUCAGGGGGUGUCUCUCUGCAGAGGGGGGGUCCGGCCGUGAGCCCCCGCUGGAGCUGCUGCCCCGUGUCCCCCUGCACGCUGCCCUGCCCGCUCCAGCCCCCUCCAUCAUCACCGGGAGGGGGUCCCCAUCCCUUUUCCCCCCCGACCCAGCGUGUCCGGCAGGGCCGGAGGGGCCCGAGGGGCCGGGGCCGGAGGCGGGGGUGGACGCGGGGCUGGCGGCGGCGCGGGAGCAGCAGCUGCAGCGGGAGCUGGUGGCCCUGAAGCAGCAGCAGCAGCUCCAGAAGCAGCUGCUCUUCGCCGAGUUCCAGAAGCAGCACGAGCACCUCACCCGCCAGCACCAGGUCCAGCUGCAGAAGCACCUCAAGCAGCAGCAGGAGGCCCUGGCAGCCCGGCGGCAGCAGGAGCUGGAGCAGCAGCGGCAGCGGGAGCGGCAGGAGCUGGAGCAGCAGCGCCUGGAGCAGCUCCAGAGCCUGCGCCCCAAGGAGCGGGGCCGUGACAGCGCCAUCGCCAGCACCGAGGUGAAGCUGAAGCUCCAGGAAUUCCUGCUCAGCAAGACGAAGGAGCCGGGCCCCGGCCCCCCCAACCAUUCCCUCCCCCAGCACCCCAAAUGUUGGGCUCACCACACCUCGUUGGACCAGAGUUCCCCCCCCCAGACCGGCAGCCCGGGGACCCCCCCGUCCUACAAGCUCCCCCUCCUCGGCACCUACGACGGCCGGGACGAUUUCCCGCUCCGCAAAACCGCCUCGGAGCCCAACCUGAAGGUGCGCUCGCGGCUGAAGCAGAAGGUGGCCGAGAGGAGGAGCAGCCCCCUGCUGCGGCGCCGCGACGGCUCCGUGCUCAGCGCCUUCCGCAAGCGGCACGUGGAGAUCACCGUGUCAUCGGUGUGCAGCAGUGCCCCCGGGUCGGGGCCCAGCUCCCCCAACAGCUCCCACGGUGCCCACAACGGCCUGGCCGCCUCUGUCCCCAACAUCCACAGCGAGCAGCUCCUGCCCCAGCCCCGUGCCCUGGCCCUGGACGGGGCCCAGCUCAGCCUCUACACGUCCCCAUCGCUGCCCAACCUGUCCCUGGGGCUGCAGGCCACUGUCACCGUCACCAGCGCCCACCUCCCCGUGUCCCCCAAGCUGUCCCCACAGGCGGAGGGCGAGCGGCCGGGGGUGCCCCCGGGGGUGUCCCCGCUGCGCCCCGGGGCCACCCUCACCGGCAAGUUCCUGAGCACGUCCUCGAUCCCGGGCUGCCUGCUGGGGGUGGCCCUGGACGGGGACACCCCCUCCGGGUCCCCGUCCCUGCUGCAGCACGUGCUGCUGCUGGAGCAGGCGCGGCAGCAGAGCACGCUCAUUGCAGUGCCCCUGCACGGGCAGUCCCCGCUGGUGACCGGGGAGCGUGGGGGGGCUCCCCGGGGCAGCAAGCUGCCGCGGCACCGGCCCCUGAGCCGCACGCAGUCCUCGCCGCUGCCGCAGAGCCCCCACGGCCCCCUCCAGCAGCACUUCCUGGACAAGCAGCAGCUCCAGCUGGCCAAGCUGCUCCCCAAGGGGGGGGAGCUGGCCCGGCAGCCCCCCACCCACCCCGAGGAGACGGAGGAGGAGCUGACGGAGCAGCAAUCGCCCCCCCCGGGGGAGAGGGGUCCCCUCGGCCCCCCCCUCGCCCUCGUGUCCCCAGAGGCCGAGGACCCCCCGGAGCAGCCACAGGACCCCGAGGGCUGCCAGGAGCCGGGUGACAGCGGGGACGAGGCCGAGGCCCCUGGGGACCCUGACGUCACUGAGCUGGGGGUCACCUACAAGCAGGUGUACCCCGAGGCGCCGCUGCAGCUCUUCCCCGCGCCCCCCCUGGGGGUCCUGGCUCUGCCCCACCCCGCCCUCGCCCGCACCCAAUCGUCCCCGGCCAGCGUCAAACCCCCCCAGCCCGAGGGGCCCCCCAAGCACCUCUUCACCACAGGUGUGGUGUACGACACGUUCAUGCUGAAGCACCAGUGCACCUGCGGCAACACCACCAUCCACCCCGAGCACGCCGGCCGCAUCCAGAGCAUCUGGUCCCGGCUGCAGGAGACGGGGCUGCUGGGCAAGUGCGAGCGGAUCCGGGGCAGGAAGGCGACGCUGGAGGAGAUCCAGACGGUGCACUCGGAGCACCACGCGCUGCUCUACGGCACCAGCCCCCUGAACCGCCAGAAACUGGACAGCAAAAAGCUGCUGGGUCCCAUCACUCCGAAGACGUACGCGGUGCUGCCGUGCGGGGGCAUCGGGGUGGACAGUGACACGGUGUGGAACGAGCUGCACUCGUCCAGCGCGGUGCGCACGGCCGUGGGCUGCCUGCUCGAGCUGGCCUUCAAAGUGGCCGCAGGGGAGGUCAAGAAUGGCUUCGCUGUCAUCCGCCCCCCAGGCCACCACGCCGAGGAGUCCACGGCCAUGGGCUUUUGCUUCUUCAACUCGGUGGCCAUCUCGGCCAAGCUGCUGCAGCAGCGGCUCAGCGUGGGCAGGAUCCUCAUCGUGGACUGGGACAUCCACCACGGCAACGGGACCCAGCAGGCCUUUUACAGCGACCCCCACGUGCUCUACAUCUCCCUGCACCGCUACGACGACGGCAACUUCUUCCCGGGCAGCGGGGCCCCCGAGGAGGUGGGCAGCGGGCUGGGCGUGGGCUACAACAUCAACAUCGCCUGGACCGGCGGCGUGGACCCCCCGAUCGGGGACGUGGAGUACCUGACAGCCUUCAGGACGGUGGUGAUGCCCAUCGCCAAGGAGUUCUCCCCGGACCUGGUGCUGGUCUCCGCCGGCUUCGACGCCGUCGAGGGCCACCUGUCCCCUCUCGGUGGCUACUCCGUCACCGCCAAGUGUUUCGGGCACCUGACGAAGCAGUUGAUGAUGCUGGCGGGGGGCCGGGUGGUGCUGGCGCUGGAGGGGGGACACGACCUGACGGCCAUCUGCGACGCCUCGGAGGCCUGUGUCACCGCCCUGCUCGGCCUCGAGCUGGAGCCCCUGGACCCGGCCCUGCUGCAGCAGAAGCCCAACGUGAACGCGGUGGCCACGCUGGAGAAGGUCAUCGAGAUCCAGAGCCGGCACUGGGGCUCCGUGCGGCGCUUCGCCGCCGCCGUGGGCCGGUCCCUGCUGGAGGCGCAGCGCGGGGACACCGAGGAGGCCGAGACGGUGACAGCCAUGGCCCUGCUGUCCGUGGGCGCCGAGCGCGCCGGGACGGAGCCACAGGCCAGGCCAGCAGAGGAGCCAAUGGAGGCCGAGCCCACGCUCUGACCCGCCCGGAUCAUCCAGCAAACCAAGGAACACCCGGAAGAGAUGAAAAACACACGCAAAAAAAAAAAAUCAAAAAAAAAAAAAAAGGCAGAAACCGAAAGGAAAACCAGAAAAAAAAAGAGGAAAAUAUUUUCUUUUUCUAUUAAAAAGAGGAGAAAAACACAAAAAAAAAAAAUCCCCCCGCCCGUCCUGUGCCCCCGGCUCCCCGCGGUGUUUGCGGUCGUGUCUCUUGUGCAGCAGCAGUUCCACCAGCACCCCCUGUCCCCCCGUGUCCCCCCCGUGUCCCCCCGUGUCCGUCGGGUCCCCCCGGCGCUGCCCGGACCCCCCCGGGGCUCCUCGAGGUUUUUUUUAGGGUUUUUUCCUUAUUUUCCCCCUAUUUUUGUGUCUCCCCCUGCCUCGUUCCCUCCCUGGCUCCGGAUCCGUCCCCCCCCCGGGGGAGGCGAUGGGAAAUAUUCGUGCCUUUAAGUGAGUAUUUUUUUUUUUUUUAAUGCCUUAAUUUCCCUUCGUUUUGGGCUUUUUCUUAAUUUUCUUGGGGUUUUUUUUUUUUUCCCUUCGGCCUCCCCGUUUUGGAUGGGGACGUGAGACAAAGGGACGAGCCCUGUCCCCCACCCCCCUGUCACUUUGUCACCCCGGCGCCUUUGUUGGGAUCAAAUUUAUCCUUAUAGGAGAAAGAAAAAAAAAAAAAAGAGAGAAAAGGAAAAAAAAUAGAGGAAAAACCACUUUAUUUUCCUGUUUUGUCACCAGCCGGAGGGGCCUCAGAGCGAUUUUAGCUUUAAAAGAGAGAAAACCACCCAAUCCCCCCCCCAAAAAAAUGGAUAUAAUUUUAUUACAGAUGGAUUAUUUAAUAGUAUUUUUUUAAUUGGGGGGAGGAGGGGGGGGGACAGGGACAGCACAUCGUGGGUUAAAUUAUUCCGGGGGUGGGGGGGAAUUUGGGGUGGUCCCAAAUUAGGACAGAGGGACGAGGUUGUCCUUGUCACCUCUCCUGGGUGAGGAGGGGGGACCGUGCGUGUCCCCAAGGCUGGGGACACCCCGAGAGUGGCGGGGGAUCCCCCUCCCCAUCCCAGGAGAGGGGUUUGGGGAGGGGAGGAGGGUCUCUGCCCCCCCCCGGCAGCGUGCCCGGCUUGCUUUGGGCUGGUGUCCCCCCCCCUCCUCUCGUGUG